AUGUUCUCUUUCUCAGGUCUGGCCCUCGCGGCCCUCGAAUCCAGGAAUGCGGUUGUCGACUCAGCCUCCCAGCUGCUGUCCAAGAGAGGCAGCAGCGACAGCGACCCCUCGGCGUGGUCGGGACUGUUCUUCACUGCGAUCGUGCUCCUGAACGUCGCGGUGUUCUUGCCGAUGAUACUAUUCCUCGGCUACACAUUGAGCGAACUCAUCCCGACCAUCGCAAUUGUCGAAGACGACGCACCACUCGACGCCCCUCCCGCAUACGAGCGUGUCGCCCUCGACGACAAGUCGGCGCACGCUGACAUCGCCAAGCAUGACGUCGCCGCCGAAGCCAGCGAAGCCGGCGCCACGCCCGUCCUCCGCCCCGUAACCGCCAGUCUCCGCGACACCUGCCGGCUCCUCCGCUCGCUCGGCGGCUGGACCUCUGUCUUCCGCGGCCUGCGCAUCCACGUCCUGGCCAACGCCGCCAUCGCCCUCGUCACCAUCGCUCUCUCGUGCAUCCCGUACCUCCCGGUGUCCGUCGCCGUCCUCUUCGCCUCGCUGAUCUGCGUGCCCCUCAACACGGCCUGGGUCCACGUCGCCAUCUCAUCGCAGGCCAGCACCUCGUUCUGGAGCCGCCUGUCUAACGCCAAGACCAUGUACAGGGCGGCCGCGCUCCCGACGCUGGUCUACUACGUCGCCAUGCAGGUCGUCCACAUGGUGUCGUACCUGAUCGCCGGGUCGCCCAAGACGCUGCAGGGCGAGGACGCCCCAAGGGGCUUACUCGCCGUCGGCGUCAUGGUCCUGCUCUCCGUGGGCCUCCUCGUGCCCGCACAGGUCGUCCUCGUCCGCGUGCAGGCCUCGCUGCUGCCGGCUGACGACCAGACCAUCGUCGCGGUCAACCGCGCGGUCAGUGCUGAAGGAGAACAGAGGGGCUACAUGUCGACGGGAGAGGCUUGGAGCUCGUUCUCGCGCGCCUCGUGGGUCAGGCUGCUUAAGCUCUACGUCAAGACCAUCUUUGUUGGCGUGGCGAUCGAGCUUAUGGCAACUUCCGUCAUCCUGCUGGAGUUCGGUGUCAUUGCUGUCAUUGGUAGCAUGGUCAACAAAUAA